UGAGACACAUAUGUAGUAAGGACGACUCUGCACCACCUCAGUUGUGUAUAAAGGCCCACCUGUUAUCUCUUACACAAACACGCUCCAGGUAGACUGAACAAGGAGCAGCGAUGCAACAUCCCAGGUGCGAAUGGCACCAUCUGUUCUUUUUCAUCGUACUUUUUGGGAAAGGGCAAAGUGUGAAGAACGAUGCCACCGAGCUGCAGGACGGUGCAGCGCUGGAUGUCGUCCCGGACGUCCCGAGCAACGAGUCGUUAAACCGCGCGCAGAACGGCGGGAGACAGAUGGAGUCUCCGCGCGAAGGUCUGGAGCAGAACCAGGUGGGCUGUCGGGAGCUGCGCUCCACCAAGUACAUCUCGGACGGCCAGUGCACCAGCCUCAACCCCGUGAAGGAGCUGGUCUGCGCGGGGGAAUGCCUCCCUACCCACCUGUUGCCCAACUGGAUCGGCGGCAGCCACAACGGCCGCUCCUCGAGCCGCAGAGAGGUCCAGGAGUGGCGCUGCGUCAUCGACCGCACCCGGACCCAGCGGAUCCGCUUGCAGUGCCAGGACGGCAGCUCCAGGACUUACCGGAUCACGGUGGUGACGUCUUGCAAGUGCAAGCGCUACACCCGGCUGCAGAACCUGUCGGAGCCCCACCGGCCCCUGGAGCAGGCGGCCCACUCGGAGGUUCUGGACCCCGCGGCCCACAACGCUAAACGGAGGAGGGAGCAGGAAACCACGAUAGGACCCCUGGAAAACCGGGCUCGGAGGCAGAGUGACUGAGGCUCCUACAGCCACCACUUUCCCCCCCACCUGGACGCUCCCAUUGUUACGCACACAUCGACCGAUGGAAAAGUACUGUACUGUGCUGUAAUAAGUCUCUCGAUGUUACUUCACUGAAAACGACUUCAGUGGACUUACAGGACCACCCUGACCGGUUCCUCAGUGCCUGGGUUGGACACUGCCCCCCUACGCAGAAUGCCAGGGGUGGGAUUUAGGAGCGAAAUAUAUGAUACAUCUUAUUCAAAAUGUAACCAUUAACCAGAAAUGUACCCAGUUUAUGUUUGUAAAGUUUUCAAAUGUUUGUCACAUUAGUUACAUGCGUAGUACACGUAUAAAGUAAAUAAUUGUAUUAAGAGGGAGAGGGGGAUAAUUAUCAUGCUACUUUUGUGAAUCUUUUUGAAUGUCAUUCCUUCAUCAAUGUAAUUUAUUUUUUAUAUGUAUAUGGUAAAUCUGAAGUUUUUUUAUUUGUGAUAUUUCUAUUAGCUGUCUCGACCUGAUUGCU